UCUUUUGACACCGUCCUGCAUCGAUCCUCUUAACCGCCUCAAAAUUAGGAAGCUCUCACCUCUGCACAAAGAACGGACAUACGCGCAGCUCAGCUCAGGCCACGUGUGCACUGCGGCAGUUGCACGAUGAAGCUCGUGGUUGCGUUCCUCGCCGCCGCACUGUCCCUGUCCAUUCCGCUCGCCGGCGCGCACCGCCCGCUCGCCGACGAAGUGGGUCCCCGCGCCAACCUGACCGAGAUCCUGACGCCAGACCGGCCCUUCCAGACCUUCUUGAGGUACCUCAAUCAGACCAACCUCGUGGAGGUGUUCGAGAACCAGGCCUACCGGACGCACCACGGCAUCACCAUCUUCGCCCCCGCCGACAGGGCCUUCGCCGCCGUCCACCCGUCGGUGCUGUCGGGUCUGAAGAAGCACCAGCUCAAGAACCUGAUGAUGUACCACGCGCUGGCCAAGCACUACGCGCUCAAGGAGUUCGACGGCCUGAGCCGGGUCAACCCGGUGACGACGCUCGCCGGCGGGAUGUAG